AUGCAUCCAGAUCUGUUCCACCUGUACAAGAUCCGCCCGGACAAGUCUCCGUCAAAUUCCGCGGUUGAUAUGGUUUUAUAUAAUCAUAACUAUUCGGCACUCCAAACAUUUCCACCUUCUGCACAAGAAGGAAAGAUCGCAGGCGGUUCUGGACCGCCUCGUGAUGUUGACGUCACAUCUUGUUGCAGGUAUGGACCUUUUUGGAUAUGCACUACAUUGAUCUUUGUAUCAGCUUCGAUCGGUACAUCUAUCACUUAUCUUGCUGACAAGAUUCGUCACAAGGAAUGGGACUAUGAUAUACAUAUGUUGACGUGGUCUGCUUGCGUGUUAUACGGCUAUGUUGUUAUCGUCCCGAUCACUCUGUAUAUAGUUCUUAAGUACUUAUCGGUGCCUUUGGGUCUUGUUCAACUACUCUGCCUCUAUGGUUACUCCCUGUUUGUCUUCAUUCCAGCAGGCUGUCUAUCUAUCGUUCCAGUGGAAAUGUUUAGAUGGGUGGUUGUGGGUGUUGCUGGAUUCAUGUCAGCAAUGUUUGUGGCAUCGAAUCUAAGAAGCCACAUAGUUUCAGCAGGUGAAAGGUGGUUUUGGAUUGUUUCUGGAAUUACCCUGUUGCAGCUGGCUCUCUCCAUUGUACUUAAGAUCUAUUUGUUCAGUGUAAGCACAUAG